CCUCAAAAUGAGGUGAUGGCACGGAUCAGUAGAACAGGCCGGCCCGGGGACGGUCGUGGGUGCUGCUUUAUUAUAAGUCUCUCAUAGAAGCGCCUUAGGGAACAUCCCCCGCACUGGGGGCCGUCCAUUGCAGCGCCCGGCGCCCCCCGGAGGUGCCGCACUCCCGUUGGGGCUGCCGCUUGUGCCGGGCGGGAGCUCGGCCUGGGAGAGAAGGUUGCCAGAAUACUAUGGAUAAGAACUUUAAAGAAGAGUUUACGCAAAUUAUUAAAUUUGAACCUCCUUUGUACAAACAACGCCACCAGUUUGUUAAAGAUUUAGUGGAGAAAUACAAACCUAAGAAGGUGGCAGAUUUAGGAUGUGCUGAUUGCAGCCUUCUCUGGAUGCUGAAAUUCUGCAGUUGCAUUGAAGUGUUAGCUGGGCUAGAUAUCUGUGCAAAUGUAAUGAAAGAGAAAAUGCAUACACUGUCUCCUCUUCCUGUUGAUUAUUUGCAACCAUCUGAAAGAUCCCUAACUGUUACCUUGCAUCAUGGCUCAGUUGCCCACAAGGAUCCUUGCAUGCUUGGUUUUGACUUGGUGACAUGUAUUGAACUAAUAGAACACCUGGAAGAAUCAGAGCUGAAGAAGUUUCCUGAAGUGGUAUUUGGUUUCAUGGCUCCAAGCAUAGUUGUGAUCAGCACUCCAAAUUCUGAAUUCAACUGUUUGCUUCCACGAGUGAUGUUAUACAGGCAUCCAGACCACAAAUUUGAGUGGAGCCAAGCAGAGUUUCAAAGCUGGGCUCUAGAGACUGCUAGAUGCUAUGAUUACUCAGUGGAAUUUACUGGUGUCGGGCACCCGCCAACAGGAAUGGAGAAGGUUGGGUUUUGUACCCAGAUAGGUGUGUUUUUUAGAAAAUAUCCUCAAACUCGUGAAUCUGUUCAGUCUGAGAAACCCAUGGAAGCAGUUUACAAAACAGUCUUCAAAGCAGUGUACCCGAGUCUUAAAGAUGAGAAGUACUUGCAGAAUGCAGUGAUCAAUGAAGUUAUUUUCACAGCCCAAAUCAUUAAGCACCGUUUCAUGUCAAAACGUGAGGAGUACAGUGAUGAUCCUGAGAGAAAAUCCAAAUUCCAACCUUCAAUGGACUGUUUUUCUGACUAUCUUGGAAAAGUGGUUGUUGAAAAGAACAUGGAACCAUUUGUCAGUGGAAAUGAGGUUUACAUACCUCUCACAACAAUCUUUUCUUUUCCCAAAGUGAAUCGACUUUGUGGUAGCUUUGAGAAGUUAUGCAAGCUUAUUGCAGGCAAGGUCACACUGAGCAGCGAUGGUUCUGCUGUGAUGUUCAAUAUUGAACAUGAAAAUGAAGAGAAUUAGAUCAGAUUUGUCAAACAAAGUUCAGUUGAAGUAAUGAAAGUGGGUUUUUUUAGAAGCUGUCAAAUGGUAUGUUCUGUAUGCUAACUAGACCACAAAAUCUUCUCUAAACUUCCAUCAGUGGUAUUUAUCUGUCAGCACCUCUCAUUGUGUGGGGAGUGCUUCUGACAAAAGUAACAGUAACUCUUAGGGGUUUCAAGUGAGUAUCAGGGGCUAAAAGGAAAUAAUUCCCAAGAAGAAAAUUAAGAAUUUCUGUUUGCUUUCUAUUGCUUUAUUGUAGCUAUCAUUACUAGAUUAUUUCUGAUAGUCUCUUGUUAGCUUCAAGGAUAGUUUGUUUUACCAUCUACUAUGUUGUGCUGAAUAAUGUGAGUCAGACAUAAGUUUGGGCAAGUUAUUUCUUAAUUUCUAUAAAAUUUAUAGAUGCCUUUUUCAAGAUGAGUACGUACUCAGCCUUGAUGAAAACCAAAUGUUGUUCCAGCUGAAUUGAAAUAUGAAACUGGCAUAUUUGUACUGUUUUUGAAAAGAAAAUUAAAAUAUUUAAAGAACUGCAGUAAUUGUGAAUGCUAACCUAUCUCUGGUGUAGCUGAGAAAUUUUCUGUGUUUUCAUGUGCAGCUUUUGUUCAAAACUGUAAAAUCCAAAUAGAGUAGAUGGAAAAAUUUAACAGGAAUAAAACCCCUCAACACAACCAAAAAAAAAACCCUCCAACACCAACAUCAAGAAAAAAGUGCAGUAUCCUGAAUAUAAGGGAAAUCAUGUGGGUAUCUAUUGUUUGGUUAUGGUCAGAAUAGUUGAACAGAACACUUCUGAUCUGUGUUCUGAAUUUAAACUUUUCCUUCUAGAUUAGAAAAAGAAUGGGAUCUAAAUGACACAUUUUCCUGAUAAUAUAGAUGUCACUUUGUGAUAACACAGAAGCAGAAAAAAGCAAAGCAUUUUAAAAAGAAGUCCUUAACUGGAAGAGAAACUGAAAUAGACUCAAACUUCCAGUUAAGUUUGUAAUUUUUUGCAUUAAAGAGACAAUUCUUUAGGAACAGAUUCCAAGCUGAAGACAAGAGUUUAUUGAAUGUCUGAGAGAUUUGUAUUCAAAUACAGUUAAAAAACCCACAUAAUCCACCAGUACAUCCCAAACAGUUUACAACAUGGAAAUCUCCAGUAUUCAUAUAACAUAGUUUACAAAAAAGAAAAUACAGCACCUAAAUGAGAAGGUUAUGUUCCACUUACAUGAUGCACAAUUGAAUUGCCACUUCAUGAAGAGUUGUAAGUCAAGUCAGAAGAAUAAAUUACUGAGAUACAGUUUUAUGAAAAGCUGGAUUUUUAUGUCAAUUUCCCUAUUAUUUAAAAUAUCUGCUCAGGCAAGAAAAUACUGUUUCUAGUAAAUAAAUUAUGUAAUCUAUGAACAUCAGCUGUGUUGUUUAACAUAAAAUGCUAUGGAAAUUCCCUUGAGAAUUACAUAAGCAGUGGUACAGUGUUUUUUAAAAGUCUGUUUUCCUCAAACUGCAUGAAGUUCUCCUAGUAAAUGUAAGUAAACUACCAUUUAACUACUAGUAGUUUUAAUGGAUUUGUCAAGAAGUAUAGCAGUGUCAAAGAGUACUGAAAGCAAAGAAUGUAUUCAAAUUUCUGGCAUCUUUUGCUUGCAGUGUGAUUUUUUGGUAUGAAUUAGUUAUAUAACAGGAAAGGAGACUAUAAUGUUCUGAGAGAGAGUUGUAUACCAGCAGUUGAGUAGUUGCUGUUUAAAAUUCCUGUGGAGAACAGAAACAGCUAAUACCACACUUCUAUUAAGAGCAGCUAAAAUAGAAUCUUUGUAUUAAUUCUUUUAUCUAAUCAGACACUCUAAAGAGAUUAUAAUUAACAGUAGAAAUAAAAGUAUGCAAGUACCAAAACUGAGAAAUAGCUCAUAUUAAUAAUUUUCAAUAACAGCAUUCUGGCUUUGAAGGCUGAAAUUUCAUUAAAAAUACAAAUAAAAAUUCAGUAAUUCUAUGAUGGAUUUCUGGAAAACAAAGUUUGCUUUUGCUAAUUUAACCUGUUAAAUAUGGCCUACUUUUACAUCAAUAAAAAGGUGUCAAACAUCACUCUGAGCAAAAUUUGAAGCAUUCUGAGCUUUCAAAAGCAACAACACUAUUUUUACUUAUUCCAGGCCUUAACUGAUAAACAGUACCACUACAUUAAAAAAAAAAAAAAAGUCAUUUGCAGUUUACAAUUAAUUACACCUAUUUGUUACCCAACACAUCCCUUUAAAAAUGGAUUCUUUCAUAUUCCAAAUGAAAAUUUAAAGAGCUUUUUCUUGCCUGCCAGGCAAAUCACUAC